AAGCACAGCACCUCCACCUGUUCAGACAAAAGGGAGAGUGGAGGAGAGAAACAGCAGGAGUCUGCAGAGUUCCAUUGAAAACCUGCAGCUUGUUUCUUUUUCAUUUGUUUUUUGAAGUGAACCUCGAACAUGUCGGACAGAUUUUUAGAAAUCCUGAGAGAUAGCCGUCUGUCAAUGAAUUACAUCCCAUCAGGUCGACAGCUCCCAAGAACUCCUCCGUUGAUGAGCGUAAAGAAAGAAUUAGAUUUUUGUAAUGACGAUUCCAAUGUGGAUUGUGAGGAACCAGAGCAGAAUAUUGAGGCAGAUAGUAGAGAUCAAGGUGACAAUAAUCCAAACACGACGUUUGAUUUCAACACAAUCAGGACAAAAAAAGAGCCUGAUGAGCCUAACUCCAUGCUGAAAGGGAUGAAGGGCUAUCAGCUGACACCAACUGACUUGGAGUUUAUUGAAAAGAUGAAAGCAGAGAAACAUAUUAAAAGACUGCAGGGAGAUCUGGAGGAGGUGCAGAGGUUGUUAAAGAGUGAACUGAUGCCCUUAGAGCUGGCGUGUGCUUCCUGGGAGAAAACACAGGCUAAACUCGAAAACCUCCCGUCCUGUGAAGACCUCACCGAGUGGGUAAAGGUGGUCCUCGAAAUGACGUCACCGUCGACAGAGUUAACCGGCCUAGACGCCGAGUCUCUCCUGGCCCUGGUGACGGAAGAAAACAUCCAAAGAGCCACGGAGGAGAAGAGGUUCAAGCUCGCUCGGAUGAAGUCCAUGGAGGCAAACAAGAGGGAGAAAGAGGCUAAAGAGAGAGGGCAGCUGGAAAAACUAAUUGCCGGUGAACAGCUGAAGAUACACGGAUUAAUGAGCCAGUUAUCAGACCUGAAAUCUGAAGUAGCACAACAACAGGAAACCUAUAAAGCUCUUGAAAUGCAGAUCAGCACCCAAGAAGCACCAGAAAUCCCAGCUGAAGAAGUAGAUACCUCGGAGGAACUACAAGCUGCUAAAACACAAGCGAAAGGUCGAGGAAAGGGAAGAACUAAGACUGUUAAAUUCUCUCUGAAGACGAAACAGAAGUCUGGAGCUGCAGUAGAAAAGCCGAUGAAGUCGGUCAAAGAAGCCAGAGGGCCACAGAAGAAAGUCGAGGAGCAAGAGUCAAAUUCCCAGGAGUCUGUGCAAGCUGUGAGAGGGAGAAGAAAGCCUCCUGGACCCGCACAGCCCGAAAAUCAAAGUCACGUGAAAGCUGGGAAAGCUCCGUCCACGUCACAGCAGGCGGCUCCCUCGCAGGGGAAAAAGGGAGCUGCUACAACUGCAGGUGAUGCUGGAGAGGAGGCACAAAGCACCGUCCUGAGGAGAUCCAAGAGGAUCGCCAGCAGGAGAUGAAUGCUGAAGAUUCACAGAUGCUUAACUCCAACAAUGGGAUUUUUAUUUCGGUUUAUCUUUUUUAAGUGUAUGUUUUGUAUAAUGUUUAAGAAUUUACAUCAGCUAUUUUAUCCUUAAUAUGAAAAUAAAUGUAACUUUUAUAAGACUGGAUUCACAUACAUAAAUUACUAGGCCUGUCAA